AUGACCACCUGCAGCCGCCAGUUCACCUCCUCCAGCUCCAUGAAGGGCUCCUUCGGGGGCGGCAUCGGGGGCGGCUCCAGCCGCAUCUCCUCCGUCCUGGCCGGAGGGUCCUGCCGCGCCCCCAGCACCUACGGCGGGGGCCUGUCUGUCUCCUCCUCCCGCUUCUCCUCUGGGGGAGCCUACGGGCUGGGGGGCGGCUAUGGCGGUGGCUUCAGCAGCAGCAGCAGCUUUGGUAGUGGCUUCGGGGGAGGAUAUGGUGGUGGCCUUGGUGCUGGCUUCGGUGGUGGCUUGGGUGGUGGCUUGGGUGGUGGCUUAGGUGGUGGUGAUGGGCUUCUGGUGGGCAGUGAGAAGGUGACCAUGCAGAACCUCAACGACCGCCUGGCCUCCUACCUGGACAAGGUGCGUGCUCUGGAGGAGGCCAACGCCGACCUGGAGGUGAAGAUCCGCGACUGGUACCAGAGGCAGCGGCCCGCUGAGAUCAAAGACUACAGUCCCUACUUCAAGACCAUCGAGGACCUGAGGAACAAGAUUCUCACAGCCACAGUGGACAAUGCCAACGUCCUUCUGCAGAUUGACAAUGCCCGCCUGGCUGCGGAUGACUUCCGCACCAAGUUCGAGAUGGAGCAAAACCUGCGGCAAGGAGUGGAUGCUGACAUCAAUGGCCUGCGGCAGGUGCUGGACAAUCUGACCAUGGAGAAGUCUGACCUGGAGAUGCAGUAUGAGACUCUGCAGGAGGAGCUGAUGGCCCUCAAGAAGAAUCAUAAGGAGGAGAUGAGUCAGCUGACUGGGCAGAACAGUGGAGAUGUCAAUGUGGAGAUAAACGUUGCUCCUGGCAAAGAUCUCACCAAGACCCUCAAUGACAUGCGUCAGGAGUAUGAGCAGCUCAUUGCUAAGAACAGAAAGGACAUCGAGAAUCAAUAUGAGACUCAGAUAACCCAGAUCGAGAAUGAGGUAUCCAGUAGUGGUCAGGAGGUGCAGUCCAGUGCCAAGGAGGUGACCCAGCUCCGGCACGGUGUCCAGGAGUUGGAGAUUGAGCUGCAGUCUCAGCUCAGCAAGAAAGCAGCCAUGGAGAAGAGCUUGGAAGACACGAAGAACCGCUACUGUGGCCAGCUGCAGAUGAUCCAGGAGCAGAUCAGUAACUUGGAGGCCCAGAUCACUGAUGUCCGGCAAGAGAUCGAGUGCCAGAAUCAGGAAUACAGCCUUCUGCUCAGCAUUAAGAUGCGGCUGGAGCAGGAAAUCCAGACCUACCGCAACCUCCUUGAGGGAGGCCAGGAAGACUUAGGCAGCUGGGGGAAGUUCUUAUACACAGGGUCUUAUGGGUUGAGGACUUCUUCAUCCUGGGGGCGGUGGGGAUCUCACUGCAUUUGGGCUUUGGGGAAGGAGGAUGUGAAUCCUCCGGAGCUGGAAAAAUUGGUCUUGGAGGUGGCCAAGGAGGUCGAGGAGGAAGUGGAGGAAGUUAUGGAAGAGGUUCCAGGGGAGGAAGUGGAGGCAGCUAUGGUGGAGGAAGUGGUUCUGGAGGUGGCUAUGGUGGAGGAAGUGGAGGUGGCCAUAGCGGAGGAAGUGGAGGUGGCCAUAGUGGAGGAAGUGGGGGCAACUAUGGAGGAGGAAGUGGCUCUGGAGGAGGAAGUGGGGGUGGCUAUGGUGGAGGAAGUGGGUCCAGGGGAGGAAGUGGAGGCAGCCAUGGUGGAGGAAGUGGUUUUGGAGGUGAAAGUGGAGGCAGCUAUGGAGGUGGUGAAGAAGGGAGUGGAAGUGGUGGCGGCUAUGGAGGAGGAAGCGGAAAAUCAUCCCAUUCCCAGUCUUCUUCCUCAAAAUCUGGUGACCAAGAUGAGACAAAAGGGAGGCCAGGGAGCAGCCUGGAGUGUGGGGCCUGCCUUUGCCCAGACGGGCUCCCUCUGA